GCGCGCAUCCCUUAUUGUCUGCGAUCAUUCUCGUGUAGUUCAUUCAUGAAAUUGUGUCGGCAUGUGCCAGUACUACGGCAGUAACGAAAACAAUCUUGCCGCGUAGUACUACACGGGAACAUUGCUGUACGCGCUGCAUUUGAAGUAGGCUUCGCCUAGUCACUACUGAAGGGACGUGAAAGACUGGAUGCAAGAAACAAGAAAUAACAGAAAUGAAUCAGCUUGAGUGUAAUUGGUGUGUUCUGAUCAUUCUUCUCAGCGUGCUAACAAAUGGAUUUGCUUACCCAGCAGACCAGAAGGAGUGCGGAGGAGCAUUGAGUGGCUUAUUUGGCCGCCUCAAAUCCCCAAACUUCCCUGAGAAGUACCCAGACAAUCUAAGAUGCUCGUGGAAUAUAGCUGUUCCAGCUGGUUUUUAUAUAAGCCUCAACUUCACCCAGUUCGACACUGAAAAUUACGAUGGGUGCGAGUAUGAUUACGUCGUUGUUAAAGACAAGAACAACACUGUUGGCAGAUUUUGUGGCAAUGAGAAGAAGUUGGAUAGCAAUGUACCACGUGGGCCGUUGUUCCUAAAAUCAAAUCGGGCAGAUGUUCAAUUUAUCACUGAUCAUUCCAACGAGGAGAUUUUUCAUGGAUUCGAAGCACACUUCGCAGCAAACGAUGUGGACGAAUGUACACGAGACAAUGGUGGAUGUAUGCAUUUUUGUCACAAUUACAUUGGUGGACAUUACUGCACUUGCAAAAUCGGAUAUAACCUGGCAAAGGACAACAGGACGUGCAUUGUUGAAUGCAAAGGCAGUGUUUUGAAAGACAAAGAAGGUUACAUACAGACACCAGAAUACCCGAAUAAUUAUCCACCUCAUGCUGAUUGUGAAUGGAGCGUGGCUGUAGAGAAAGGAUACUCAAUUGUCCUUGAAUUUGAAGAUUUCAACAUCGAAGAGCACCCAGAUUACCUUUGUCCAUAUGACUGGUUAAGAGUUCAAUUUGCUGAUGGUUUCAAGGCUCUUUGUGGGAAAAAUCUACCUAAAAAGAUAGCUUCAAAUACGAACUGGGUUGUCUUGAAUUUUCAUUCAGACAGAGAUGAAAACAGAAAAGGCUUCAAAAUACGCUAUUAUCUUGAAAGUGUGAAAUGUCCGGUCAUUUCGGCACCAGCGAAUGGGAAGAUGACUGGCAAAACGACGUUCUCCUUUAAAGACAGACUGUUCUUCGAGUGUUUGCCAGGCUAUGAUCUAGUUGGUAGUCGGGUGAUAGAAUGUCUGUCUGAAGGACAAUGGACAGCGAAGCCUCCGCAUUGCAAAAUAAAAUCUUGUGGAAAGCCUCCUGCACCAUUCGGUGGAAGCAUCGUAGGAAACCGUUUCACAUACCGCAGUAAAGUACAUUAUUCUUGUGGAGUUCUGUACAAUCUGGUUGGUCAGAAUUCAACUACCUGCUUGGCUAAUGGUUCUUGGAGUGGAGUAAUGCCAAAAUGUGCACCAGUUUGUGGAAGAACCAGGUUUCCGUCGGAUCGAAUGGACUCGUGCCGGGGACGCAUUGUCGCAGGAAACAUUGCUAAGGUUGGCUCUCACCCUUGGAUCGCAGCUAUCCAUAGAAACGACAGAAUUGUGUGCGGAGGUGUCUUGAUAAAUGAUGAAUGGGUUUUAACAGCUGCCCACUGUAUUACUGACCGAAGAAACGCGCGGCUAAUGGAUCAGCGGCAAUUCUCUGUCUCACUUGGCAGGCACCGUAGACAUGAAAAUGGUGUGAAUAUUCAGAUAUCAAGGGUUGCCCAGAUGAUUAAGCAUCCACAUUUUAACCAUACAGCUUUUAAUGCUGAUAUAGGCCUCAUUCGAUUGGACAGGAGAGCAAAGAUGACAGAUUAUGUGCGACCUGUAUGCCUUCCUACUGAGAAACGAGAAAAAAGACUGUUCGUUAAUCGUCGCAACGUAAUGAUUGCCGGCUGGGGUUCAAACGGGACGGGUUAUUCUGAGAUCCUUAACGAAGCAUGCAUACGGUUAGUGUCAAGAAGAGACUGCGCGGCAUCUUAUGCCAAGAAUGACAAUAUUGCAAUUACGGAUAAAAUGAUCUGUGCUGGUAAUAUCGGAGGAACUAACGUGUGCAAAGGUGACUCUGGUGGUCCUUUGGUGGCCUAUGAUGACGUAGAGAGGAGCUGGAUCCUUGGUGGAAUUGUCAGCUUUGGUAGCCUAGCUGAGUGUGGAUCAAACUAUGAGGUGUUUGCAAGGGUCACGAAACUCUUGCCUUGGAUCGGAGAGCACGUACUAUCUGACUUGGACAAACCAUUUCAGUAAAGUUAUAGCAUUUUAGACCGAGAAAUAGUCUCAUGAAUAUUAAUUAAUCUAGUUUGUAAGUAACAAAAGCUAGAUGAAGGAAUUUUCUGGCCAGAUACAGGUAUGUAUUUAGUCUAAAUACAAUGAAAUGCCAUGUUCCCAACAGUUGUUAUAAACCUAUUUAGAAAAUCUAGGAACAGAUAUCAUUUAGAAAGGAUUUCGGCUUGCAAGUGCAGGCUUUAAAGUGUAUUUGAUGAUUUUGAAUUUUUCCCCGUUGCCCUGCAGAGCGAGAAAGACAUGGGAUGAGAACUGUGUGUGAUGACAAAGGCUAGUCAUCCCAGAAAUAAUAGUGAAAUUUUAAUGAAACCGUAAAGACAGCAACGUGAUUUUCCGGAAGCAAUAUGUUUUUCACUUACAAAAAGAUUGUCCAAUGGUCAUACUUAGGCCAGCAUUCCAUUCAGUUUGUCUAUAUAAUGAUAUGUUUUAAAAUAAGAUCCUGUCGUGGCGUGGCCCGUAACAAAAGGCAUUGCACCAUCUGGUCUCGCCAAUCGAAGCACUUCAAUGUCAAUGAGUGAAAUUAAGAAAUGUUUCAAAAACUCUUCCGACUCUCAUUCCGGGCCAUACGAUGGACUAAGGUUUUCGUCUCUAGAAAAUCGAGAAAGCCAUAAAUGAUUAAGUAUUGGCAUGUUUUAUCUUCGUAUGGAUAAUCCUUCUUUAAAGGCCUGAAACUUUUCAGGUUAUAAAACAGAACGAUAUCUCAAAUUUUACAAAUUUCAGCUUUAUCAGUAAGAGUUCGGGAUUCAUUCAGAAAAUAUAACAUAUGUUUUCCAGACUUAGUUCCAGAAUUCUCAGAGACAAAAGUAUUCCUUUAUUGCUGUAGAAAUCGUAAUAUUUCGGCUUAAGAUAUGUGUCUUCGUGGAUGUAAAAGUUACAAAUGCCUAAGUUGGUAAAAUAGCACCUAGAAUAUAUAAGCUGUAGUAUUCAUUCUGGUAUGAAAUUUGAUGAGUUUA